UGGUUUCGUGAGAAGUGUUUGUUGUUGGACUUUGUCGAUGUUUUUGGUUCCUUUGUAAUUGUUGUAUUUACAGUUUAUUUAAUCUUUCUUCGCCUUCUACGCGACAUCACUUCGUCACAGUUAACUAAAGCAGCAGUACCGGCGAUGACCUCGCACUCGUAUUAAACGAUGGACAGCGAGUACAUCAGAGAUGGCCGGCUCAUGGACAUUGUUGACGAGGCGUGGCGUGCUGAGAAGCUUCCGGACGAUCUCAUCGCCGUGCCCGUGAUGGAACUGCCCGAACUCGAGCCCGACAACGGACACAGCAACGAGACGCUGCGUGAGCAGGAGCAGAAGUGGAACGACCUCGCGCUGAGCAACCUGCACGACCCUCCGCCGACCUCCAGCAACAGCUAGAGCGGAGAUCUAUCGGAGACCA